GUUACAGGCACCAUAUGGACUCUAAAGUGAGGGGUAUAUGUGAUCAUGUCCUCAAGAAGUUGAUUAACCUAAGUCUCUUCAUUAAAUUCUUUGAAAAAAUCACACUCAUGUUUUUCUGCAUUCUUUUAAUUAAAAAAAAUGUAAAAGACCUGGGCUCCCAUCCUAACUUGAACAUACUGGCUGUUGGACCCUGGAGAAAUCACUUAACCUCUUGUUGCCCACGAAGCCAUGACUAUAAAUUUCAAAGGAGUUGCUGAUCUGUACUGGAAGGAAUAGCCUCACUGAAUACUCCCUAUGCCAGUGAAAUCCCAGGUUGUAACCAAAAAGCAAAACAAAACCACAACCAAACUUUAAGCUCUCACUUAAAUGUUUUGAAUUUAAAAUUUUUUCUCCUUUAAUUUUUGCAAACAUCCUUUAAAUGAAAAUAACUUUUUUUUUCCCAACUAGCUCUUCAUCGUAACACUUUGGAUGAAAAUAGUUACCUUAGAGAGUUCUUCUCUUUUAUUCUUCCUAGGUUACUGCCAAGGAACCCCAUUUUGACUAGGUUAGAGAAACCAUCUUUAAAGUGAUAAUGGUGUGGGUAGCGGAACUCUAGAGUAGUUUUUUUUUUUGUGAAUGGCCCAAGAGUCCUGCUUUGUCUUUGUCUUUUGGUAUAUACAGAAGAAUUUCUUUGUAUAACAGAUGCUUAUAUUUUAGAUGCUUAUAUUCACUAUCUUGUCUGCUGAAAGCAAUAUUUAUAUGUAUAAUCUCUCCUUUUUUCAAUUUCUUGCAAGCUUUUUAACACUUAAAAUUCUCAUCUAGAAGGGGUGAGAUUGCAAAUACAUAUUGCUCUGAACUCCCUAGACUGCGCAUAUGUUUUCAAUGGCACCAAAAGACAGGUGAAAGAAUUUAAGCAGAGAUUAAGAUAAAGAUUAAUCUACGUCAAAAUUACUUAAGAGCAAAGACUUCAUUGAGAUAGCAUAGUGUAAUGGGGUUAAAAAAAACACUGAACAAAAAAAACAUCAAGAGACUGGGAUUUUGAUUUUUACUCUGCUUUUAAUGAGUCAUAUAAUUUUGGAUAAGUCACUUUCCUUCUCUGGGCCUCAGUUUUCCUGUCUGUUGAAAUGAAGAAUUAUGGACGAGAUGAUGUUUAUGAUUUUUCCAAGUUCUAAAAUUCUGUGAUUUUAUGUACAGCCUUCUAAUGUAGUUAUAACCUUUCACAGGACAACCACAAAGAGAUGACUUCUACCCAUAACAGCCCGAGACAAUUAAAUCAGCCCCACUCACUUAUCCUUAAUGAGGAAUUAAUGGGUUGUUUAAGGAUGAGUUUAACAGUCAGUACCCAGUUAGUUCACAUCCAACCUUGGGACAAAAUGAGGUACUUGUGAGUCAUUGAAUAGUUAACAAAAGAAGUUUUACAAUGCCCUAACAUAGUAGGGCUAUGCAACAACAAUAAAGUGGCAUUUAGUUACUCUAGAUGAGGUUUUCCUUGUCUCUGUAUGGAAACUCAUGUGGUCACCAGUGGUGUAUGGUGACUUGAUCUAUCUUCAGGCAUCCACAUGGGCGGGACAUUUUAUGCCUUAGGUCACCAGGAAGCUGUGUCAAGGGAGGCAGGGGCCAAUCAGGUCCUAUAGACAGCAUGUUGCCUUUUAGGGAAAAAAGAAUCUCUUUGAAGGGAAUCCACGACCUAACACAGGGCAUGUCCCAGUAGAUGCUUCCAGUUCUCUCAGUAAGGCUAUCAAUGGGUAUAACCAUAUCCUCUAUUAGGAGAUAAAAGCAAAGUCUCAAACAAAGGCUCAUGUCCCAGUGACUUCAUCAGAGUGAUUAGGGAAUCUUUCCUGAUCAGUGCUUUAAUAGGGUUCACAGUCAUCUGAAAAGAUCAUGCAAUAUGCAGGUCCCUUAAAAGCAAAUAAAUUUAGGCUCUGAAUAGAUUAGGAGGGCAAGAAAAAGGAAUGUAAUCUCUGAGAUUUUACAAGUUUUUGUCAUGUGGAACUCAGAAUCUAUACCUACCUUUAAGUUUUCUCUUUGUGUAACAGGGAAAAGAAACAAACAAAAACAACUAGAUGUCUGAAAAUAUCAUUUGAUGUUCUGUGUCUGGAAAUAAACAUAUUUUCAUUCCAAAAGCUAAAUCAUACUUAUGAUCACAGGGAAAUAAUGUUAAAAUUACUUAUUUUUUUCCUUUGCCAAUGAAUUUGCUUUCUUUUGAGAUAUUUCCCUCAUGCUUUUGACUCUGUUCAUCAAGAUUCCCAAUGCCCUUCCAUUGCUCCUUAUUCAGUUUUUCCUUAAUAGCAAUAUAUUAAUAAAAAAGAAAACCUAGUACCUGAAGAUUUUACAUGUAUGAAGAGAUUUCUGAAAGCUUAUUGUGCUAAUGUAGUAUACUUAACUCUGGAAGGCAGGUCCUGAAUUGAUGAUAAUCUUUUUCUCAGCAUUCCCCUGCUAAUGAAAAGAAAUUACCUGUGGGGAUAUGACAAAGGCUGUUUCUUAACACAAUUUACACCUCCAGAUCACUCAAGUUAGAGAGAUCAAGACAUUCUGCUCCUGGCAAAUAUCCCAAAUUUCAAGAACAACAAUUCAGAGGAAUUUUCUCUGGUUAGUCACAUAAACAUUCAGCUCAUAAUAUAAAACUGUAUGCUACUUUAAGGCCCUCUUUUUCUUUUCCUUGAAUUAUGUAGAUUAAAAAGUUUUAAAGUGGAAUCUAUUUUGAUUAGACUACAAGGACUCAUUUUUGCAUUUUAUUCUUUUUGGAAAGCGUUAUUGAUGGCCUUUUGAUUUUGCAAAUUUUAGCAAAACUCAUUCAAAAAUUUCUAGAUUAGUCUAUUUAAAAAUGAUUUCUGUACCCAAUCACUCAUGAUUUGAUCAGAUGUGACUUAAAAGUAGACAUUCAGAAAACAAACCGGCAACACUGUUUCUGUCUAAUAAAUGGGGUUAAAAUUUUAGUACAACUAUUUCCACUCCAUUGUUGUUAAACAAUAAGGUAAUUUGUUGGGAUUAUUGACCAGUUAAAUUUGCAUUUGACUCUGUCUCCCAAGGCAUUCAUUCCAAGAAUGAACUGCCUCCUCAACCUCUACCUUUUUAAAUUUCUAAUCCCAUUCAAAGUUCAAUUUAUGUGCCAUCUUCAACUGGAGGCUCUCCUUAAUUUCCCUGAGCUGCUAGUGUGUCUCCCCACAAAUUACCUUGUAUUUACUUUGUAUAUACUCAUAUCUGUAGGAAUGUAAGUUUCUAGAGGAUAGGGAAUGUUUCUCUUUUUGUCUUUGUAUACCAAUGUCUAGCACAGUGUCUGGCGCGGAGUAGAUGGUUAAUAAAUGAUUGUACAGUUAAGGGAAGGGAAAAGUAACACUGCUAGUGAAGCAUUUGGCAAACUGUGGAGUUGACCAAGUCUGGUUUUUCUUCAAAACUUUCAAGUGACUCCUUACCCGCCCUUCCCCCCCUUCCCAACCUCUAACAAGUCUCUCCAUUUCCUCUGCCACCAAGUUAUUUUUCCAUGUCCAAGAUGUUCUCUGUACUAUAUGUUUAAGGACUCUUCCUUUGGUGCAAUCUCCUCUCCAGCUCAUUUCCCUUCUGCAUCAGCAUCCCAUGUUUCAUUCCCUUUGAUUUCCAUGGAAGGAGAUGAGUUAUUACCGAGGAAAAAUAAUCUGUAUUAAUUUAUUUGGACCUAAGUGAAUCAGAUGAAGAGGUAGAAAAAUUGUAGAAAUGAUGGGAACAAAAGCACCUGCUCAGACAGGGAUGAGGGAAUUAUUUCCUGAAAAGUUUUCUUCUAAUUUCCAUUACUUUGGCUGGGAACAAGGGAAACAAGUAUUUCUAAAGCUACAGUCCAAAUCUCAGUUAAUUCCAAUGGGAUGUCCAAACUCUUUUGUCAUGAUAAUGGAGGAAAAAAACCCCACAAAAAAACCUCAUGCUUAUGGGGGAUGGGUAGUUGAAAGGAAGGAUCCAGGCAAGUAAAAUAGGAAAUUCCAAUGUGGGAAUAAUCACUAUGCAGAUAUGCAACUUUAGAGAGUUGCCCAUAGACACGGAGAGGUUAAGAGAUUUGUCUAAGAUAAAUACUAUUUACCUAACUUGAAGGUAGAAUCCAAGUCUCCGCUUCUGAUCUAAUAAUAUUAGUUAAAAUAAAAGAUCUUAGCCGGGUAAUUGCCCCUCCUCUCCCAAGCAGGUUUUGUUCAGAUGAGCAUUUGAAUUGCAGUCUUUUGUAAGCCCAUGACUUGCUCGCUCUACUGCAACACAUCCUUUUCUCUCAUCCUCUUAUUCCCUCCCCCAAAGUGGCCACUAUUGUUUACUACUAGAGUCACGUGACCAGCAUCUCGAAGUUUGGGGAAGAAAGGUGGUGUAUAAAUAGAACAGCCAAAGAAUCCGAGCUGAACCCUACCUGUGGCUGACUUCCCAUUUGUUUUCCUACCCUGUUGAAGCUCCAACAAGUGGAGCUGGGCAUGCUCAGUGGGCAAGACGUGCUUCGUGCUGUCCGGGAAGCAUGCUCACUGGUGGCUGCUAAGCAAGAAGGCUAGAGCCCAGAGGUGGGCAGCGAGAAAUCAGGUAAGCGAACCGGGGCCUCCUUCCACCUCUAUUAGUUUCGUGGAUAUCUUCGCUGGCGUCGAUGGGGCUGUCUCCAGCAUCCUAGAGUGUCUUUUCCUUUGCCCCGGGGAAGCCCUAAUGGGGAGGGGUGGGGGGAUAAUGAGGCACCAAAUCAACAGUCUCCUCCCACCUCUUUGCAAUCUGGGGGCCGCACUCCGGGCCUAGCUGGCUUGCUUCCUGGCAUGCAAGAGGGAUUGCCAGACCUUCUCAGCUUGCAAGACCGGGCUGGACGGCUUAACAGGGGAAGGAAGGCGCGCAUCUCCACCUCUGACCAGGAGCUGGAGAGGACCGUAGCUGCUCCGCGAGAGGCAAGGGUGCGCCGGGUGGGAAGGAGAGCUCCAUUGGAUCUGCUCUGGCGCUGCCCCACCCGGCGGGACUCGUGUCCGGGUCUCGGCGCGUUCAUUGGGCGGAGGACAGCUAGCUAGCUCAGGCUCUUCGAUCCCUCCCCCCCAAUCCUCCCCUGCGACUUCCGCGUUUCCCUCUCUGAGGGCUCUGCUGCGCCGCGGCAGUGGGCAAGUGACCGAAGCAGUGCUGCCGGUUCUUCCAAGGGAGGAAUAGGAGAGGGUGGGGGAGGGAGAAGAGAAGGAGGAAGAGAAGGAGGAGGAAAUUAGCCUAGGGUGGGGGUGGGGAACUCCGCGGUGGGAGAGGCUUGCUGGAAGCAUCAGAUUACACUUAAUCAGCCUGUCCCUGGGUGAUCUCCUGCGCCAACCCCUCCCUGGCCUCCCCCACUGACAGGCAGUCUCUCCGCCUCAUUAAGAAAUGGCAUUUCAACAAGCUAUCAAAGGGACAGCUCUGGUUGGAGGAGGUGCACUUGCCACUGUGCUAGGCCUCUCUCAGUUUGCUCAUUACAGAAGGAAGAAACUCCAGUUAGCUUCUGUUGAAGCCGCGGAUUGGUUUUUGGAGCCUCAACUUAGGGAACUUCCUUCAAGAGAAGCUCAGCUUACAAGUCUCCAGAGUACUACUGAGUUUGAUAUUCUUGUUAUAGGCGGGGGAGCAACAGGAGCUGGCUGUGCAUUAGAUGCUGUUACUAGAGGACUAAGAACAGCCCUUGUAGAAAGAGAUGAUUUCUCAUCAGGGACCAGCAGCCGAAGCACUAAGCUGAUCCAUGGUGGGGUGAGAUAUCUUCAGAAGGCCAUCUUGAACCUGGAUUAUGAGCAGUACAGGAUGGUGAAAGAAGCACUUCAUGAGCGUGCCAACCUGCUUGAGAUUGCUCCCCAUUUAUCUCAUGCACUCCCUAUAAUGCUUCCGAUUUACAAGUGGUGGCAGUUGCCUUACUACUGGGUAGGAAUAAAGCUCUAUGACCUGGUUGCAGGAGCUCAGUGCCUGAAAAGCAGUUAUGUUCUUAGUAAGUCAAGAGCACUUGAACAUUUUCCAAUGCUGCAGAAGGACAAGCUAGUUGGAGCUAUUGUCUAUUACGAUGGACAGCACAAUGAUGCAAGGAUGAACCUUGCCAUUGCACUCACUGCUGCCAGGUAUGGGGCUGCCACGGCCAAUUAUGUUGAAGUGAGGAAUUUGUUGAAGAAGAAGGAUCCACAUACUGGGAAGCUGCGUGUGAGUGGCGCACAGUGCAGGGAUAUGCUAACAGGGCAAGAAUUUGAAGUGAGAGCCAAAUGUGUUAUCAAUGCUACGGGACCUUUCACAGACACACUGCGCAAAAUGGAUAAUCAGACCACCACAAACAUCUGUCAGCCAAGUGCUGGGGUUCACAUUGUGAUGCCUGGUUAUUACAGCCCAGAGAGUAUGGGACUGCUUGACCCUGCCACUAGUGAUGGACGAGUUAUUUUCUUCUUACCCUGGCAAAAGAUGACCAUAGCUGGGACAACUGAUAGUCCAACUGAUAUCACCUCACAUCCUAUUCCUUCGGAGGAAGACAUUAACUUCAUCUUGAGUGAAGUACGCAACUACCUAAGUUGUGAUGUUGAAGUGAGAAGAGGGGAUGUCCUAGCAGCUUGGAGUGGAAUUCGGCCCCUUGUUACAGAUCCGAAGUCUAAAGAUACCCAGUCAAUCUCUCGAAAUCAUGUUGUUGAUACCAGUGAAAGUGGCCUUAUUACUAUAGCAGGUGGAAAAUGGACUACUUACCGUUCUAUGGCUGAAGAUACCAUAGAUAUUGCUAUCAAAAAUCACAAUUUUAAAGCCGGGCCAAGUAGGACAAGUGGCCUUUAUCUGCAGGGUGGUAAGGAUUGGAGCCCUACUCUGUACAUUAGACUGGUUCAGGAUUAUGGACUUGAAAGUGAGGUGGCUCAACAUCUUGCUUCUACUUAUGGUGACAAAGCCUUCGAGGUAGCCAAAAUAGCAAGCGUAACUGGAAAAAGAUGGCCCAUUGUUGGAGUGCGGCUUGUGUCUGAAUUCCCAUACAUUGAAGCAGAGGUGAAAUAUGGAAUCAAAGAGUAUGCAUGCACAGCAGUAGAUAUGAUUUCACGCCGUACUCGACUUGCAUUUCUGAAUGUCCAGGCUGCAGAGGAAGCUCUACCUAAGAUUGUUGAACUGAUGGGAAGGGAACUGAAUUGGAGUGAGGAAAAGAAAAAGGAGGAACUUGACUGUGCAACAAGAUUUCUUUACUAUGAAAUGGGUUACAAGUCUCGGUCAGAGCAGCUUACGCCCUGUUCUGAAAUUAGUCUACAGCCUGCUGAUAUUGAGAGGUAUAAAAAGAGAUUUCACAUGUUUGAUAAAGAACAAAAAGGCUUUAUUACCAUAGUUGAUGUUCAGCGUGUGCUAGAGAGUGUCAAUAUUCAAAUGAAUCAAAAUACACUACAUGAAAUUCUCAAUGAAGUAGAUUUGAAUAAAAAUGGAUUGGUUGAACUCGAUGAGUUUUUGCAGCUCAUGAGCGCUAUUCAAAAAGGAAUGGUGUCUGGAAGCCGUCUGGCAGUGCUCAUGAAGACAGCAGAGGAAAGUCUGGGUUCAAGAGCUCCCAUUCCAGUGGAUCGGAGUUGUGGAGGAUUGUGAGUCUGAACAGUUCACAAAACAAAAACAAAAACCAACAAACACGGAAACAACACCAACAACAAAGCACUAUGCUAGAAACAACUAGAAACAACUCUUACUUCUCUAAACUAGUGGAUCUGUAUAGCUGCUUUUUUUUUUUUGACCACUGGAAACAUUCCAAAGCUCUAAGAUAUAUCUCUGUGUAUGCCCUUGAUUCCUAUUUGCCAUGCAGCAUUGCCUAUAAAAGGGGCAGUUUACCUUUAUUUUUCCAUACAGAUUUUAACACUAUACUUCUGGCCUGUUAGACUAGACAUGCUUUUCUCAGUUCUCAAAGCAGAAUGUUUUGGCAGAAAUUCAAGGAAGAACUUGGAAGAGAUUUGCUGACACAUACCUGUGUUCAUUAAACUUUUAGAUAGCCUUUACUCUUGAAAAAGAAAGGGCAUGCAGAAUGACCCCUUUUUAAAUGAUAGUGUUUCUGAGGAUUUCUUCCUUCCACCUUGUUCCCUCUGCCUCGAGUUCACAAUAUUGUUCAAUUUUCUAUCUCAGGUGUGACUGCCAAAACUAAAAAAGUUUAGAUCUGGUUUCAGGAGUAAGUUACAAAGAGAAACUGAAAGCUUCCCAAAUCACAGGUAUAGAUAAGGAUAGCAUUGACAUUUACUGAGUCUUACAGUGAUAGUUUCAUCUCGGCAGUUCAUUUUUUUUUUCAGUGGCUGCUGGUUUUCUUUGACUGCUGAAGUUGCCAGAAGAUCCUUGAUUUCCUUGCUUUGAGACUAGCAUGGAAGUGGUACAUUUGGAUAUAGCAAGGAUGAGCCCAAAUUUUCCAUCUCUUUAUAGUAGUAUUAUAAUGGUAGAAAUGUAUUUCUGCAAGCACAUGUUAAAAAAAAAAGCACAGGUCUCAAGCCUUAGAUCUUACCUUUGAGGGAGCAUAUGAUAUUCUCUAAUAUUGGUUUAGACUGAGCCCUGUUGCACUGGUUUUGCUCACUUAGCAAAGAAAUGGGCGGGGGAGUAGAAAUAAAAUAUCUUAGUUUGCUCUGAUUCUGAAUAUUAACCACAAGCACAGAGUUGCAUUGUUAUUUUUUUUCAAAUCCUUAAAAGUAUUUUCCCUUUUGUCCUCUUAUAGAAAAAACUUGACAUUUUAAGUAAGGACAGUUUAGGAAUAUUUUUGCUGCUACUUGGUUCUAGUUGUGUUCCCUUCAUCUGGUAGUUUGUCCCUUGGCCCUUCCCGGUGUGAAUUGAACCCACAGAAGCUUUUGCAAAGAUCAGGUUCUGUAUAUAGAAGCAAAUAUCACUACCAUGAUUGGAAAAUCUUAGUUAUAAAAAACUGGCACACAAAUUGACAAACCACAGCACAGCAGUCUUUUCUGCUAACAUAAGAUCGGAUCUUAAUGCCUCUCUCUUAGUAUUUAUGUCACCAUUGAGACUGUGAAUGGCGAGAUUCAAAAAGCAGUAGUAUGCAUCAAAAUACAAUUUUUAAAAAGAUCACUUAAAAUUCUGUAAACAUUUAUUAAGUGCUUACCACUUGCAUGGCACUGUACAAGGCUACAGAGAUAGAAAGCAACCUGCCCGCAAGGAGCUUAGGUUCAUGUGUUUGCCACAAGGAGUAUGAAACCAAAACCAAGGUAGUGAUACUUCCAGAAGUCACUGUGACAUUCUUUUCUUCCAAGGUUACAGCCAGUAUUUUUAAUAAAUGACAGCUGAAAUAGAGCAAUUCAGCAUUGUUCUCAAAACAUUAUUAAUUUCUCUGUCUAAAGCUAAGCAAACGUAACAGACGGAAAAGUUAUUUUUAAAAUAUAUUUUUUACGCGUGUGUGCCUCUGGGAUGAAAUAUUGUAAUAUUGUAUGUUUGGUUUCCCUUUCUUUCUCUUCCUCUAGUUAAAUCAAGAUAAUGAUGACUUGUAUCUCCCUGAACCUAAUACAGUAGGAAACUGACUUCUUUUGCUUAGGAACCUGCAGAUUCUUUUGCCAGAUCUGCAUUUGUUAAAUAGGCCUUGUGCAUGUUUAGCUGUGUGUGAAGUCUUGUAUCAGUUUUCUCCUAAAAUCUGCUGAUUCUGAACCUGUACUUCUUCACAAGAUCCAGACACUUGUCUCAGGAAUCAGCUGGUGCCAACCCUUUUUUUUUUUAACUAUGAAUAAAGCAUACAAGCAUUUUGUGUCAUGUCUAAAUGAACAUUUGAGGGGUUACCUGAUAAUAAUUUUUGGAAAAAUCAAGCCCUUCCUGAAACCUAUUCCAGUUAGUCUUACAAAGUGACUUUUGAGAUCCUUUUUAAAGAGGUUCAGAUAAAAAAAAAUGCUGCCUGUAGUGAACACUUUGUAGGCUAUGGCUAAAAUUAGUUCCCCCACUAUAGUUGAAGCAGUAGUGAUAAUAUAAGACUAAUUUACAGGCCAUAGUUGUCCUCCACAUACCCCAUGUUCCAUUUCUUGCUUUCAAUCAAUGUAUCUUGAGUGGAACCUCAGGAUUUCUACUGCAUGCUCCUUUAUUCUGCAUUAAAUUCUGGCUUUGUUUGGCCUUUCUUCAUGGUAUGUGGAAUGCUAGUUGUAUCUUGUUCUGUGGCAAGAACUGCACUCUUAUUUGUGAUAGGUUAAAAAAUGCAAGGAUCGAUCAUUGAAUUAAUUAUCCCACAUUUUAUGUAUUUAAGAAAAAGCUGUUGGCAUAUGAAUGUAAUAAUGGUGAAACCCGAUGCAGCUGUAUCUUUGUCUUGUUUUGCAUUAUUUCAAUCCUAUGGGUGGUCCAGGGGAAAAUCGUCCUUAUUAUGUGUGAAACCAGAAACAAAUUACCAACAGCUACAAGCUCUGUGCUGGCCUGGAUAGACAUACUGCAUGUUUUUACAUGUGGCACUUUUAUGUAUUAUGUUAGGUUAUUGUUCUAGAUUGGACUGUUAAAUACUGUGUUUGAAGCUGGGUUGUCAUUUUUAUAACUGUCUUGGUGUUUUAUUGCCAUUAUUUAUUACUUUUGAUAUACAGAAUGAGCUGCAUGCAUUUAUAGAGCAAUAAGAGGAUGUAUUUAAUGUGCCUUGUUUUUAACUGAAUAAGAACUGAAAGCAUGAAUCAAUAAAACUGAUUAAAAUGGUCCAUUCA